AUGGCGCACGGUCCCAGUUGCAAACACCUCCUUGUCUCCUUCACCAGGGCACAAUACACGCCAUUUUUGACCACUUCAACCUUAGAUGUCUGCCCUUCACUCGCCUACAUCAGACCAUUCACUACCACCACCCCGCCCAACAGCGCUAGGACUACACAAUUAAUUCAAACCGUACGUGUCACUUCUGCCCCUUGUCUUUAUUCUAUCAACUCACCGGUCCUCAAAUGGCCCGCCACUACCAACCAGACCACGCCCGAUCACUCUCAGCACACAAAUUUCUAUGGCGACGAGCAACAAUAA